UAUGUGUCCGACUAUAUUUGGCAUCAAAAUACGACUUCACUUGGAUCUACUAAAACAGCGCAUUGAGAAGCUGCGCAUGGAUGAUGCGAUAACCGAGGAUGAGAGCUACACUAAGCUCGUUGGCUGCAUCAAAGAUCAUAAGAUUAUAAUGGAGUACUGCAACAUUUUGAGACCUUUGAUCUCUCGCAUUAUCUUUGUGCAGUUCAUAAUGGUCGGCAUCAUAUUUGGUCUCUGUAUGACAAAUUUAUUCUUUUUCGCCGACAUGUGGACUUGCAUUUCUACUAUGUCGUAUAUUUUUGGUUGCAUCUUUCAAACUUUUCCCUUCUGCUACAUCUGCAACAUGAUGGAGGAUGCUGUUAGCGAUCUUACUUUGAGCAUAUUUCAAUCAAAUUGGCUUGGUGCACCUCGUCGUUAUAAGUCCUCAUUGCUCUACUUUAUGCAUCAAUCUCAACAACCCAUUAAGUUUACAGCUGGCAGCAUUUUUGAAAUCUCUUUGGCCACUAACAUAAAUCUGGCAAAGUUUGCUUUUACGGUGGUUACAAUUGUGCAACAAUUCAACUUGGCUGAGAAGCUGGAUCGUAAAUAAAGCAAGAAAUGUUGAG